AUGACGAAAGAAGAUUUUCCACCUUCGACACCCGACAAAAUUGAAAUAAUUAGUACACUCAUUGAUGUUUCAACUACAGCUGACACACCACGUGGUAACAUUUCAACAUCGUUUGAAACAGAAAGUGUAAAUACCUUUAUACAUAGUGAAUUAACAAGUGUUUACGCUUCUACGCCAACCGAAUCAGAAAGUGUUGACACUUCUACAUCCGUGGAACCAAAUACGUUUUCAACUUCUACAUCAUCUGGAACAGAACGUUUAUACACUUAUACGGCGCCUGGAACGGAAAAUUUAACGGUUGUAACACCACCACGAAGCGACAUUAAUCAGGCAACUUCACUUCAAGAUGUUGGUUCAACAACCGUUGAUAACAAGAUAACUUCUACUCCCAACUCAUUUUAUGAUUUAUCAUCUGCCAAUAAGCCAACGAAUGUCUCACCAAUUAUAAUGGAGGGAAAUAAUAUAACAGUACGGUGCUCUGGAAAUGUUGGUAAACCUGCAGGAAUAUUUAUUUUCAAAAAGUUUCGCAUAGACCAUAUAUCUUCAAUCAAUUAUAAUGCAACGACUACUGAAACAGAGAAAAUACCAGAGAACUGUUCAUACUAUCGUACAAGUUACCUGAAAUUUCAGGUAACCGCUGAAGACAACCUGGCAGUGAUACGAUGUAUUGUUGUUUCACCUCUAGCGAGACAGGACAUAUAUUUAGAUUCAGAACAAGUAGAAGUUAAAUAUAAAGUGAGACUACCAUCUGUAACAAAGCAUCCUGACAAACAAAACUAUAUAGUAGGCGAAGACUCUUCAAUAACAUUUUCGUGCACAGGUGACGGGAAUCCGAAACCUAUCUAUCAUUGGUAUAAAGAUAACCAUGAUGAUCUGAUUAGCACUGCUGAAAACUUUACUCUUAGUAACAUAAAUAUAUCAGACAGAGGUCUAUAUACUUGUAACGUCAGCAAUACCAUCAAUGGCAUAACAUACACAGAAGGUGCUACAAUAGAGGUCAAUAUUAUGAACGAAGCUGAUAAAACAACAACCGAAUCUACUCCAACGGACAGUUCUUCUGGCGCUAAUGAUAUAAACGAAAGUUCAAGUGGGAACAUAGGUCCAGUUAUUGGUGGUGUUCUUGGUGCUGCAGUUUCCAUUAUCGUGAUUAUUGUUAUCACAUAUUGUGUCUUUAAAAAUAGAAAGAAGACAAGCGAAACUUUAUUACAAAGUGAGUCACAAACUUUCGAUGCAUCUGAAUCUAAACCAAAUGCCGAUUCUAUGACUGGCAAUUAUGAUUUUAUAGCCAUGGAGAAAGAUGUGAAUAAUACACAAGCAGUGAAUAAUGGAAACGAAGUUGACGAGAUUAGAGAGCACAAUGAAGAAUACUUAAGGGUACAAAAAGAAGAGGAACAGAAAAAAACUGAAUUAAAUUCAUCACUUCAACCUGCUGUAUAUGCUGAAGUGAAUGAAGCAGCAAAGUCGAAAUACAAGCAGCAAAAUACAGAUACCAUGGAGUUCGUUGUUAAACAGCAAGAAAGCUCAAUUGCGGAAUCACAGGAAAGAAUUCACGAGGAAGCUGGAGAUAGACGUCUUAUAGAAAACGGAGAUGAUGAGCAUUUAGAUACGUCAAAUAUUUCAAGUAAAAAAACUAGCAAUGACUUUGCUGAAGUGUCAAAUCAGACAAGCCAGACAGGAUGUUACCACACCCAAUCAUUAGAAAAGGAUGAAAAUCGUAACGUAGCAACAGUGUCCCCGACAAUUCAUUCGUCGGACGGCGUUCAAGACGACGAACAGACUAAUCAAAAUUGUCAUAGCCAAUCGAAAGAAGGGUACGAAAAUAUCAUAGAUAAAGAUCAAUCCGAUACAUUGGAAGAAGAUAAUUCUCAUCGAACAGCAUUGUAAAGUCAAUUGGAAAUCCGUAAAGGUUAACCAUUACAAAAAAAACCUAAAGGUUUACUGUAAAUAAGAAGGUUAAUAUGAAAAAUAUCAUUUAAGAAUAAUAAAAAGUUUGACAUGCAAAAUAAAAAAACUUUAUAGUAAAUUUCAGUCGUUUGAUUUCGUUAUUAUCAGCUUACAUCCUUAACAUUUUGCAAGAACAUUGCAAAAAACAACAACAUUAUCACAGGUUAAUGAAAAAACGUUAGGUAUACAUGUAUAAAAAGACUUUCUGAUGAUGUUUAAAUUAGAUUUCCGGUAAUUUGUUCUCAAUUUUGAUAUGUAAAUAUGUGUAUUAUUUGUUCUUAUUGCACAGGAUAUUAGAGUCUGAGUGUACUUUGAACUAACAGUUAUUUUCAUUAGGUCUUUAUUUAUAAUUAGCCAUAUGUCAAACAUUAAUAAAGUUUACUUAUAUCCUU